GCCCCGCCGUUCCGGGGACAGAUUUAAGCCCAGCGGGGAAGGGGGCGGCCGCUUCUUUUUUUUUCCCAUUGCUCCCCUCGGCGAUACCCCGCGCGCGCUCCUCCUCCGUGCCAAGAACCUCGGGGCGCAACUAUGGCACAUUUGGCGCGGCGCCUGGCUUUCCUCCUCCUCUUCUUCCUCGUCCAGCUGCAGCCGAGCUGGGCCGACACGCCGGCCAACUGCACCUUCGAGGACCUAGUGGGCACCUGGGUUUUCCAGGUGGGCAGGGGGCACGGAUCCCCGAGCCGGCGCAUAAACUGCUCCGAAGUGGGGGCUGUGGAGAAAAAAGUUGUCGUUAACCUUCAGAAACUUGAUGUUGCUCAGGACGAUCAAGGGAACUUUGGCUUCUUCACAAUAAUUUACAACCAAGGCUUCGAGGUUGUGCUGAACAACUACAAGUGGUUUGCAUUUUUUAAGUAUAAAAAGGACGGCUUAAACGUAACCAGUUACUGCCAUGAGACCUUACCUGGUUGGGUCCAUGAUGUGUUGGGCCGGAACUGGGCAUGCUUCACGGCGCAAAAGAUCUCCCCUUCAGCCUCCGGUGUUCGUGUAAAUCAGCUGCCUUUGAAAUCCGCUGGAAGAUCUCUGCAGAAGUUCUACGUGAACAAUGUCGACUUCGUAGGAGCAAUCAACACCGUUCAGAAAUCGUGGAAAGCGGUAGCUUACAAGGAAUACGAAGGCCUCACCCUGGAAGAUUUGGCUCGGAGAGCGGGCGGGUUAAAUCCCAGAAUUCCAAGGCCCAAACCUGCCCCUCUGACUGCUGAACUAAUGAAACAAGUUUCCAGCCUGCCUGAAUCUUGGGACUGGAGGAACGUGAACGGUGUUAACUAUGUCAGCCCCGUGCGAAACCAGGCAUCCUGUGGCAGUUGCUAUGCCUUUGCUUCCAUGGGCAUGCUUGAAUCCAGGAUUCGUAUCCUCACCAACAAUUCGCAGACUCCGACGCUCAGUCCCCAGCAGGUUGUUUCCUGCAGCCAGUACUCUCAAGGCUGCGAUGGAGGAUUUCCGUACCUCAUUGCUGGCAAAUACGCUCAGGAUUUUGGUGUGGUUGAGGAGGACUGUUUCCCUUACACAGCCAGAGAUUCGCCCUGCACUUUUAAGAGCAAAUGCUACCACUACUAUGCCACCAACUACCACUAUGUCGGCGGCUUUUACGGAGGGUGCAAUGAAGCGCUGAUGGAACUUGAACUUCUUGCACACGGGCCUAUGGCUGUUGCCUUUGAAGUGUACAGUGACUUCCUGCAUUACCAAGGGGGGAUCUACCACCACACGGGCCUGAUGGAUCCUUUCAACCCUUUCGAGCUGACCAACCAUGCGGUCUUGCUCGUCGGCUACGGCAGCGACCCAGCCACCGGCGAGAAGUUCUGGAUAGUGAAGAACAGCUGGGGAGAGAGCUGGGGCGAGCGGGGUUAUUUCAGGAUCCGUAGAGGCACUGACGAAUGUGCGAUAGAGAGCAUCGCCGUGGCCGCCAUGCCUAUCCCCAAAAUGUAGCCAUGGUACUUUUUGCCCAAUACCUUCCCAGGAAGCAAUGGUGUCCGUCCUAAAAAAAAUAAGCAAAUUACGGUGUGCUUCAAGGCAGUUUGCUUUGGCAGCUUAAGAAAAUGAGCUUUAAUGAAAAACAUUCAGGCGUGGGGAGUUGAAAUAGAGCUUGCAUCCCUCAAAGGAUGCUAAAUGAGGGCCAUUGCAAGCUGGUGCCUUCCAGAUGUUUUGGACUACAAUUCCCAUCAUCCCUGGUCAUGGAUCAUGCCAGCUGGGUGUUGUAGUGUAAAAUAUCUGGAGAGGGCACCAGCUUGGGCAAGACUAGACCCAAGACCAGGUGGGAUUCAAGUAGCUGAUCAGUCACGAAGUUUGAUUGGUGACCUUUGUGAACCAAUGUCUCAAUUUUGCAUUUAUCACUAAAACUCAGCAGCUGUUUUGUGUGCUUGGCUGGAUAGCAAGAAUUGGGAACAAUGGUUUAGAGCAGGCUUGCAAACCCAUGGUUUGGCAUGAUGUCGGUGGCCGGAGGAUGGGGGAAGAACUGCUAUUACAAGUGCUCUACCUUUGGAAGCCACUAUAUCAUGAAUGAGAAGUGCUGAGCACAUGGGAAAUGGAAAGCAGACAUGCAGAAUGAUUACUUAGUGGUACGUUUGGAAGAUUAAAUCAUGGUUUGAACGGAGCCUAACUUUUAGCCCCUGGAUUGGCCCCCCAGAUAUUGUUCGACUUCUAUCAGCCCCAGCCAGUAUGGUCAAUGGUCAGAGAUUAUAGGAGUUUAAUAUCAGGAGGGCCACAGAUUCCCAUCUCUCUCUUAGCCUUACUUUAACCAAGUUGUUUUGGGUAAAAUGGGAUGGUUCCCUGUAUCUCGCCAUCGAGGAAAGAUAGGAUACAAAGAAGGGCAAGUCUGAGGUUUACAAUCUCGAAUAAGUGCAAUAUGCAAUAGCUGAAGACGUUUGACACAUUAUUUCCCAUCAUUUUCUCCUCUAAAUUGGACAAUCUUUCUGUACUUGCCCUCUGCCGGAAAUACUUUUUUACCUCUAAUUUUAUUUUGUGUUUUAAAUUACUGUGCCUUACGGGGGAAAUGAAGAAAUGAGUAAGUAGAAGAUGUGAUUUGUACUACAUUUGCAAUAUGGUUGCACUGUGAUUUUUAUUCUUUCUUGAAAAAGGGAAUCUCUCCAUCUGUUCUUUGUAUAGCAAAGAAGACGAACCUGGUGCGCGACCUCUCCUGAAUGUCAGUGUUCGUCUGACAUUGAUUUUUAAUGAUGCCUUUUUAUUCUGCAUGUGCCUUGCUUCGUUUUAUGGUUCUCAGUUUUGUACGUGAUUCUGAAAUAAAGGGAAACCCUCCUCCUGU